AUGAAGGCCGACGUCCUGCAGACAAGCCUGAUCUGGACCGCCUAUGGCGUUGCCGUGGUAUUGGUCUUGCUUGUCGCCGUCAUCACGACUUACACCUGGCAAAGCCCUCAUGAGCGCUCCAUCGUCACCAACCUCGUUUCGACUGUCAGUAUAACUGCUCUUCUUGCGACCGUCUUCCUGCUUCCCGUGGAUAUUGCACUCGUCUCUUCAACAGGGUCGGUGCAUCUCGGCGCUAAGAAAGAAUGGGCUACUCCUGAACGAGUUGAAGGCAUUCUUCGUACCCUCGAGAUUGUGUACUAUACACUGUACAGUUUCGAUGCGCUUUUAUGUCUCAUCUUUAUCCCCUUUGCCUACUUCUGGUACGAAGAGCAUGACGAAGUUGAAGAAGAAGAGGGCACAACCACUAAGGUUACUCGUUUCUGGCAUGCCUUGAGGUACACGCUUGCCUUCGCGUUCAUGGUCGUCAUCCUCUUCCUUAUCGGCUUCUUCGUCCCCGCCGCUGGCAACAGUCAUCGUCCGCACAUGGACCUUGAUUACUUCAAGCGCUUGCUUGCCGCCAACAAUGGUGAGAAGGCAUUGACCUUUGGAGUCGGCUUGCUCAUGACGCUUGGCACGCUCCUCUACAUCCUCUACACGGGUGCAGGAAUGGCUCUGCUGCCCGUUUCAGCUAUCAAGUCUGCCCCCUCCAUAUCAGCACCGCAGCUCUCAGCAACGACGGCGACUGCUCUGGAGCGAAACCGUGAGCGACAGAGACAGCUCGAGAUGCGCAACACCGGCCGUCCUGGAGGCAUGUCAUCCAAGGAUCGGCGUGAGUUGGACGCGCUCCUCCGUGAAGAGAGAACUCUUGUUCGUCGCCAGCGUCUCGCAGCCGAAGCUCGAGGAGACGGUCGUGGCUAUAUCUAUUGGGUCUGGACCAAGCUCGAAGCCGUCUUCCGACCCCUGAAGCUUCUUGGAGGCAUCCUUCUGCUCCUCGUUGCGCUUGUGGUUUGGGUUUCUAUGCUCAUCACUGCUAUCGACAAGGCAGCUAACUCUGUCUGUAAACAACACUGCGGCUAUAUCCUCGGCCAUCUGAACGUCUUCCAGCCCGUCAACUGGAUUUUUGUCCAGGCAGCUAAGGUCUUCCCGGUCGACUACAUCCUAAUGGCGUUCAUUAUCCUCCUCUUCUUCAGCAGCUCUAUCACCGGCCUCGCCUCAAUCGGCAUCCGCUUCCUCUGGGUACGCAUCUUCCAAAUCCGUAAAGGCCGAACCGCCCCUCAGGCCCUCCUCAUGGCAACCAUCAUGCUCGCCUUGAUUAUCCUCGCAAUAAACUACGCUGUAGCGAUGCUAGCCGCUCCCCAAUAUGCGAUCUACGGCACACAAACCUUCUGCGUCAACCGGCCCGCCCUCCCCGGUCUGCAGCCCGAUUGCCGCAAACUCCGGGAAAUGGUUCGCCCUUGCUCCGAGGUGUUCAGCCAGCCGGCAGCCAAGGACGUAUGCACGCCAACGGUCAUGUCGACCUUCCUGAACCGCGUGACGCUCAAUUGGCCCGUGUUUGGUGCCAUCGACUUUUGGGCACAGUUCGUCUUUCUCGGAGUGUUCUUGAUUGUCUUCCUCACCACGCUGUUCCGCACGCCAAGGCUCGACAUGAGCGAGAUUGAUGCGGCGGCUGAUGCGGAGGAUGAAGGGUUGUUGGCUAGUACGGGGAGGAGGUUCGGCGCGACGUGGCAGGAUAUCACUGGGAGGGUGAACCAAGGCCAUGGUCACAGUCAUGAGGGGUAUGGGACGGGUACAGAAGGCUCGUCCGCUUUGAGAGUUUGA